AUGGCACCGUUCACAAACCCGACACAGGGUAUUCUUGCAGCCUACUACUACGGUCGCUCAAGGGCCAAGACUGAAGCUGAUUCCGAGUUCCUCGAGUCUCUUAUUACGCACCCUCUAUUCGAGAAAACCGAAGCAAAGGGCUUCAGGCUUCAUACUCAGAAUAAGCGCCUCGACGAGUUUUUGAAGACCAAAGACGGCAAUAUAUUUCGGCAAGAACACGGAUGGCAAGUGUCAUCUUUCGAGAUACCUCUUCCAUUUGAAGGCCGUCGCACCAUUGGAGGCGAGCAGAAUGUUCCCAAACUGCGAGUUGAAGGAGUUUACCACCGUCGCAUCGCUUCUAUAGUCCAAGGUGCACUUGAAGAUCCCAUCUCAAAUACCUACAAUACAACACCUUUCGAGCAACACUGGAGAACAGCAGACGGUCAAGAUAUGCGGGUUUAUUCCGAGGCAUACAGCUCUGACGCUGUUCUUGAUGCGUACCAUGAGGUCAACGCUGCUCCACGUCCAUCUGGAGAUAACUACGAGCGUAUUGUUGUCCCGCUUAUGCUAUGGUCAGAUGCCACGCUCCUUGCAAAUUUUGGGAGCGCGUCAUUAUGGCCGAUUUAUCUAUUUCUUGGCAACCAGUCAAAACAUGUGCGUAACAAGCCUUCAGCUCAUGCGUGCCAUCACGUUGCAUAUAUUCCAAGUCUGCCUGACGGAUGGCAAAACACUUACACCGGCAUAUUUGGAAAGCCUCCUACCAAAGACGUUCAUACCCAUCUCAAGCGUGAGCUCGUGCACGCUGUGUGGAGACUUUUGCUUCAAGAUGACGAUUUCAAGCGUGCAUACGACCAGGGCCUUCUGACAAAGUGCAGUGAUGACAUCAUUCGUCGUGCCUUUAUUCGGUUUUUCACAUAUGGAGCCGAUUAUCCUGAGAAGGUAUUACUCUGUACAAUUAAAUUUCUAGCAAAGUUCCCAUGUCCACGCUGUCUCACUCCCAAGUUUCGGGUUGGUGAGAUGGGUAUGAGAUUGGAUAUGCUUCGGCGUGCCAAAGCCCGUAUUGACAGUGCAGAACGUCAGGAUCUUGUUCAGCGCGCACGCGUCCGUAUUUUCAAGAAUGGCCGGUCGGUUAAUUCAAAGCGGGUGAUGUCCCUGCUUGACUAUCACUCAUAUGUUCCGGUCAAGAACGCAUUCUCAGAGUUCUUGCUAGAGCGAGGAGUCAACUUCUUUGCGCUAUUCCCUGUCGACGUCCUACACGAGUUUGAACUCGGUGUCUGGAAGGCAAUAUUUGUGCAUUUGAUUCGCAUGGCACUCUCCAUUGGUGGUUCUGCCGUGCAAGACAUCAACGAUCGGUAA